CAGGACAGUGCUGCUCAUGAGACACUGAUGUGUGCGCGUGCUCGAGGGAGGAGUCACACACAUGAACAGCUCGAGCUGCUUGGCAACACACAGCAUGUAUCCAAGUGAAACACGUUCAGUGAAUCAGGAGGUUUUGAUGGGACACUCGGACCAAUCCAGCCCUACACCACCAGCUAAAGUCACCUACAGGCCCAAAACAGAUGUAAAGGCUCAGGGAUUUACUUUCAGGAGCGCGAUGAGCCUUUCCACAUAGAGUUUUUUCCUCAUAUGAGUUCAGAUGGGACAUUCUGAUGGUGCAAACAUCAGGUGCAUGAAGACUGAAGCGGAGAACAUGUAACAAAGGAGGACAGGAGCUGGAUGAUGGAUUGUAACAUCCCGAGGUUUCUGUAGGCUCUUCAGUUUGGAUCAGAACUCUUGUGGAUCUUCUGUCUAGUUCAAGAUGAGUUGUUUCUGUUCAGUCCAAGAGGAGUUUUACUGUGAGGUUCUGCUCUUGGAUGAGUCCAAGCUGAUUUUAACCACCCAACAGCAGGGAAUAAAGAAAUCAACCAAAGGCUCUGUAGUGCUGGAUUAUGUGUUCAAUCACGUGAACCUCGCCGAAACGGAGUAUUUUGGGCUUCGCUAUUGCGAUCGCAGUCAUCAAACGUACUGGCUCGAUCCCUCGAAAACACUCGCUGAACAUAAAGAUUUGAUAACAACUGGACCUCCGUUCACGCUCUACUUUGGGGUGAAAUUUUAUGCUGAAGAUCCUUGUAAACUAAAAGAAGAAAUUACAAGGUAUGAGUUCUUCCUGCAGGUAAAGCAAGACGUCUUGCAGGGGAGGCUUCCCUGUCCGUUUGACAUCAGCGCACAGCUGGGAGCGCUUGCUAUUCAAUCUGAGCUCGGAGAUUACGACCCGUACAAACACACACCAGGUUACGUGUCUGAAUAUCGCUUUGUCCCCGACCAGAAAGAGGAACUAGAGGACAGCAUUGAACAGAUUCAUAAAACGCUCAUGGGUCAGGUGCCUGCCGAGGCUGAAAAUAAUUUCUUAGCAGUUGCCAAAACACUGGAGAUGUACGGCGUGGAUCUGCACCCUGUGUUUGGAGAAAAGCAGUCGGAGUAUUUCCUGGGCCUGACGCCUAUCGGGGUCGUGGUUUACAAAAACAAAACACAAGUGGGGAAAUAUUUCUGGCCAAGAAUUACGAAAGUGUAUUUCAAGGAAACCCAGUUUGAGCUGCGGGUUAUGGGCAGAGAUUGCAAUGAGACAUCGUUCUUCUUCGACGCUCCCAGUAAGACGGCCUGCAAGAACCUGUGGAAGUGCUGCGUGGAGCAUCACACCUUCUUCAGAAUGCCAGAGAACGAGUCUAAUUCACUAACAAGGAAACUGUCCAAAUUCAACUAUCUGGGCUCGAAGCAUCGCUACAGUGGAAAGACUGCGAUGCAGAUCGGACGAGAGCAGUCUGUGACUCUGCCGCGACCCGACCUACAGGUGAUCCGAACCCGCAGCAAGACCUACCCAAAGAGAAGCACACAGCCCGCAGGGCGGAGCAAUGGAGGACAGAUGGUCUCCAAGACGGAGAACGCGAGUGAAGGCCUCAAAAGCACUGCACUUACACCGGUCAAGAGUCCCAAAGCAAAGACAGACAGCACUUCAGAGCUGCAGAACAAGCCCAGUGCACCAUGGGAGGAAGACGCCCCACAAAGCGGUCUGUUCAACUCGGCCAGCGAGCGGAACAAAUCUCCCAAAUUCCCCAAAGCUCACCGCCGUACACCCUCAGGAGGCAGCGAGAACGAGACGUCUCACUUGGCCCGCCGCAGGAAAGGUCAAACCACUGACGACCCACAGGCCAACAAACAGUACAGGAGGAGGUCACGUUCACGUGGAAACACCAGCAGCGGCAGCGAAUCUGAGAAUUCCAACAGGGAACAUCGUAAAAAAAGAAACCGGUCCCGGCAGGAGAACGAGAUGGUUGACUCUGGUCCGCAGUGGGAGGUUGUGCUACGCAGACAGAAGGAAAAAACACCCAACGAUCCCAACCAUCGGCGCUCACGACACCGCUCCCGAUCACGAAGUCCUGACGUCCAAGCUAAAGAGCAGCUCUGGAAGCACAUCCAGAAGGAGCUGGUUGAUCCUUCAGGUCUCUCUGAGGAGCAACUAAAGGAGAUUCCGUACAAGAAAGUGGAAACACAAGGUGACCCGAUCAAGAUCCGCCAUUCACAUUCUCCCAGGAGCUUCCGGCAGUAUCGACGCUCCCACUGUUCGGAUGGCGAGAGGUCUGUGCUCUCUGAGGUCAACUCUCGGACUGAUCUGGUGCCUCCUCUCCCGGUUACCCGCACCGCAGACGUGCCUGGUUCCAGCUCGACCCCUGCACAGAAGAAGAAAGGCUCCAAAGACACUCUCUCUGAGAGCUCAGAGCAGGACACAAAAAGCACCGCCAAGGUGGUGAAGACCGUACACACAUCUCGAGUGAAAACAGAGACGUGACCGGUUUCACAGUCGACAUGUCAAGGACGAAUGGCAGGGUUGCCAGUGAAAUGAAAAGUCAAGCUCUGGUGGAGCCUGUAUUAAAACACUGAAGUUAUCCAGAUACACGGACACCCUCAAUAAAAAUUCCAACUCCUUUCUUCAUAGUUCAUGCCAUAAAUCAGAGAAAAAUGCAUUUCUUCACCAGUCUAGGAUUACCUGUGUUCCGGUUUGGUUGGUGUAUCACACAAGCACACUGCAAACUUAGAAAUUAGAUUCAUUUCCUACUGACAAUCAUAUGAAGGAUGGUGGACUGUCGGUGGUGUUAAGUCUGAUAUCGCAAACAUCUCAAACUCUUUUGAACACGUUUUCUACAGUAUUAAACGUCUGUGAGCUCGAGCACCAUGUGGGAACGAUGGUAAACAGUGCUUCGUAUUAUUAUUAUUAUUAUUAUUAUUGUUCAUUGUGUCCUCAGAUUUUAGAGUCAGCUCUGCUGUAGGAAAUGUUGCUGCUGUAUUUCUAUUUUUGUUUUUGCACAAUAAUGUAGACUCUUGUUUCUUGUUUCAAAAUCACUGUAGCUAAACUGGAAGCUCAAAUUCUUGAGUUUUAACGACUUCUUGUCAAUAAAUACAUU